AGAGGGUCCGCUGCCCUGGAGUUACUGCGGUUGGGCGGAGACUUGCGGGGACAAACUUGCCCAGAACCCGGGCUUGGCCAGUCUGCGGGCCCAAACUGCGGCGCUGUGCCUUUAAAGCCCGAGUGUGCGGCAGGGGUCGCCCCCCGUGGGGUGCGUCACCAUUAUAUGGGCGUGGCCUUCCCACUAUUGGCUGAGAUGCGCACUGUUGUGGGCUUCGGGCACUCUGAUAGGAGCUCGUGCCUGCUCAUCUGCUCGUCACGGGACAUCAGCAUUCUGCCUCCGGGCCUUCGAAGUUCCACUCCCGGCUGCUCUGGAGGCUGCGGGGCCGGCGGGCUGGCGGGGUCCUGUGUGGGUGCGCGCUGCGGGCGCCACACAGGUGAUGGCAGACUUCUUCCAGAAACGAGGCAAGCGGCGUGAUGAUGAGGUGCUGGGCAGCGCUGUGGACUUCCUCCUGGCCAAUGCCCGCCUGGUGCUGGGUGUGGGUGGGGCUGCUGUGCUGGGCAUUGCCACACUGGCCGUGAAGCGGCUCAUUGACAGGGCCACCACCCCAAGAGAUGAUGAGGAUAAAGCCAAGGGGGACAGCACAUGCCUGGAGGACAGCUGGACAGGGCUGGGCCUGCUCAAGGUCACCCCACGCCUGCAGCACCGGCCUCUCCCUGCUGCCCUCAGCCAGCCCCUGCCAGCACCCACAGCCCCUGAGAGACCCAGAAGCAUGGGGCCCCAGACGCCACCCUCCUACCUGAGCAUUUCACCAUGCCUGACUUUCCAGGAGAAGUUGCUGGCAUUCGAGAGGGACCAAGUGACCACCCACAUGGCCCAGGUGUCCCUGGCCAAGCAGCUGGUUGGGGACAUUGCCCUUGAGAUGCAGGCCUAUUUCCACAGCAAGUUUCCAGAACUGCCCUUUGGGGCACUGGUGCCCAGUGGGCCGCUCUAUGAUGGUUUACAGGCAGGUGCAGCCGAUGACGUGCGAGUCCUAUUGCCCCUAGAGCUGGAGCCAGGGCUGUGGAGUCUAGUGCCUGGCCUGGACACAGUGGCCCGGGACCCACGCUGCUGGGCUGUGCGCAGGACUCAGCUGGAGUUCCAGUCCCGUGGGAGCAGCCCCUGGGACCGCUUCCUGGUGGGUGGCUACCUGUCAUCCCGAGUCCUGCUGGAAUUGCUUCGCAAGGCGUUGGUGACCUCUAUCAACUGGCCGGCCAUUGGCAGCCUGCUUGGGUGCUUGAUCCUGCCCAGUGUGGCCUCAGAGGAGCUGCUGCUGGAGGUGCAGCAUGAGCAUAUGGAGCUCACAGUGACCUUGUUGCUGGCCGUCAGUGGGGCAGAUGUGGAGGGUCGCCUCCUUCUGGCCUGGCCCCUGGAGGGGCUGGCUGGGAACCUCUGGCUGCAGGACUUAUACCCAAUGGAGGCUGCUAGGCUUCAGGCCCUUGAUGAGCAGGAUGCUGGGGCCAGGCGUCGGCUACUCCUGCUGCUCUGUGGUGUCUGCCGUGGGCACCUGGCCCUGGGGCGGCUGGGUCGGAGCCACCUGGUGCAGGCGGUUUUGCAGCUGGGGGAGCAGCAGCUGGGCUGGACCGAGGAAACUUUGGGAGAGCGCUUCCUGCAGGCCCUGGAGCUGCUCCUUGGCUGCUUGGAGCGUGCCAGCCUGCCCUGCCACUUCAACCCUGACAUCAACCUUUUUGCUGGCCUGCGUGAGGAGGAGAUUGACGGCAUAGGCUACACACUAUACAGUGCCCUGCAGGCCCCUGCUAGGCUGCUGUAGAGGACCAGGGCUGGGGACAGACAGGUGUCCCCACACCAGUGCACUGUGUAUGCCUGCAUCCCACUGGGAGAGCAUAUUUGGGUUAGAGAGUACUUUCUAGCUUAUUAGCCAGAAUAAAAGCAGAGGUAUGUUAGCCCAUGGGGCCAGUGUGUGUGAGGGUUAAGUAAGCUGUCUGGGCCCUGCGAUCAAUGAGCUGCUAGGUGGUGUCUGCUGUUGGGCAAGGGUGAGGCCCAGUGCAGGGUGACACAUAUCGUGUUUGUCUUGGUCCCCAGGCAAUCUGGUCCUCAUGGAAUGCAGAUUUUUGGCUGAUGCUGGCAUUUUCUGGUGUCCUGUGUGUGUUUGCUAACUGACUGGUCUGGAUCAACUCUUAGCCUGAGCACUGCCCACCUCAAUCUUCUGCAUCCUCCUGGCCUAAUUUCUCUCCAGGUAGCAGAAUUUGGAGGUUCUGAGCCUCCCUCAGAGCUGGGUACAGGCCCUGCCUCCAGUGCCAAAACUUGCUUACUGCUGUGUCUUCUCAGUGACACUUGACAGACAUGGGGUGGUUGGUGGAGAGUGUGUCUGCCCUUCCCAGCACCCUUCCUGUCUUCGUGUUCUUUACGUUGAGUCAAAGCUAUGCCUUCGAGAAUGUGAAUGAAAAUAAAAGGUAAAGUUCAA